UACUUUAAAUGCAGAGGCAGUGAUCCUCCUUAUUUCCUCCACUCAGGGAUUUGACUGUGGACCAGUCCUGUUGGCUCAGGGGCGGGACUUCAAGCGGCGCUCCUCUCAGACUAUAAAUACCACCUCCUGCACACCCCCACAGUCAAUAUAGUCAGCCGACGCACAGCGAGGAUACGCUACUUUCCCGGAAAGAAAACACAGAAAGACCUGCAGGUGAAGUAUGGCUCGUACCAAGCAGACCGCUCGUAAAUCCACCGGAGGAAAGGCGCCUAGGAAGCAGUUGGCCACCAAAGCGGCGAGGAAAAGCGCGCCAUCCACAGGCGGAGUGAAGAAGCCCCACAGAUACAGGCCUGGUACUGUUGCUCUGCGUGAGAUCCGUCGGUACCAGAAGUCCACCGAGCUGCUCAUCAGGAAGCUGCCUUUCCAGCGUCUUGUGAGGGAAAUAGCUCAAGAUUUCAAGACUGAUCUGCGUUUCCAGAGUGCAGCUAUUGGCGCUCUGCAGGAAGCCAGUGAGGCCUACUUGGUUGGACUGUUUGAGGACACCAACCUGUGCGCUAUUCAUGCAAAGAGGGUUACCAUCAUGCCCAAGGACAUUCAGCUGGCCAGGCGAAUUAGAGGGGAGCGUGCAUAAAUGAUUCAUUGGAUUUUAUCUUUUUAGUGGGGGGGGUGGGUGGGAUUGACUGGGGGUUUGUUUUGUAAAUCUUGGAACUAUUACCAGCAUGUGUACCACCUAAUUUGCAGUUUCAGGCUUGUUUUUUCCUUUUUGUACUUUUUUCAUUUCACUCUGGACUUUCUCCAACUGUCUAUUCACUGUAGAAUAGAGCAUUCAUAUCUGUAAAUGCUGAAAAACAAUAUUCCACUGCCUUUCUCAGGUUUGCAUACUAUUUUAGAAUCCAUACCUUGUUAUCCUGUGUGUGCAUGUCACAGGAUUUCUUGUUGUGCUGUAAAUAAACUUUCCGCUACCUCAAA